AUGGCCUCUCAAUCAGACGACGAUGUCUUCGAGAAGUUGAAGCGAAAAACUGACGAGAAAGAGCUGGCACAACAGAGGGCAGAGUCAGAGGCAAGGGUCCGCUCUGUGCAAGCGAAAUCUGGACAGAGAAAUGCUGAGCUUAUUGGCUCCAACUCGACUUUACCAGUCACAAUCUCCUCGAUUGAAGUCCUACAAGCACAACACACGAGGAGGGGUUUCCUAGAGCGCAUAUUCAAUCCGAUACUGCACAAGAAUCGCGAUGGCUCUACGCUCAAUGAUGCACUCGUUGAUAUGGGCUCCGCGUACCGUACUCUUCAGAAGUUCGACAUUUUCCAGGAGCCUAUUGCAAUGUACUACGAUAAGCCAGACAAGACAGACCCGUCUACCUCGGCAACCGAUCUCGCCGUAUACUUCUAUGCCAAAGAAAAGUCACGAUACACUAUUAAUACUGGUACAGAAGCUGGCCACGACGAGGGUUCUGCUUUCCUGAAUGUAAUCCUGCGUAAUCUUUUUGGCGGCGCCGAGUCAUUCAAUGCACACGCAUCCAUCGGCACGCGGACACGAUCGUCGUACUCUGCAAACUUCGAAACUCCAAUCCUCAGUAACCCAGACUUGAAAUGGGAGGUUGGGGGACUUGCUAGCUCGACGAUCAAAUCGUUCGCCAGUCACGAAGAGCUCCUCAAAGGCGGCUCGACGAAGCUAAAAUACCUUACGCCUGGAGGUCAUAGGCAUGAGUUUGGUUAUUCAGGAUACUGGAGACAGUUGACGGGACUAGCUGAGGGUGCCUCACCAUCAGUAAGACAAGAUGCAGGGGAUAGUUUCAAGUCCAGUAUACACCAUACAUGGAUCAACGAGCGGCGAGACAAUCCUCUCAUGCCAUCAAAGGGAUACUUGAUCAAAACAGUCGCCGAGAUAGCUGGUCUUGGCGCCCUAAAAGGAGAUGUAGCUUUCACAAAGUUGGAAGCUGAGACAGCUGCGGCUAUUCCAUUACCUGCCGGUAUCUCAUUCACUGCUGGCCUGAGAGGUGGCGUCUUAUAUCCUCUCACACUCGCUGGACAACAGUCGCCAUCCCAAUCACGGCUCAAUGAUCGAUUUCAGCUGGGAGGUCCCACCGAUGUACGAGGAUUUCGCCUCGGUGGACUUGGACCCCGUGAUGGUACUGACUCAAUCGGCGGAGAUGUCUACGCAGCUGGUGGCGCAAGUUUACUGUUUCCGAUCCCGAAGUUAGGUCCUGAGAGCCCGAUUCGUCUACAAGCCUUCAUAAACGGUGGUCGGCUACUUGGUCUUCAAUCGCCGAAAAGCGAUGAGCCUUUAGACAGCCAAGCGGUAUCGAAAUGUGUCAAGUCAACCAUCGCAGAACUCCAGAAUGGCAUCCCGAGUUGUGCGGCAGGCUUGGGCUUAGUCUAUGCCCACCCUGUUGCCAGAUUUGAGCUCAACUUCUCUCUGCCGUUGUAUAUACGAAAAGGUGAGGAGGGAAGAAAAGGACUUCAAUUUGGCGUCGGUGUCAGCUUCUUGUAG